AAACCCAAAUCUGUCACUUACUCAGGCUUAUUUGCGUGUAUGUACUGCGAUUUGCAGCAAACCCGCCGCUAUGUUGGCAUGAGCUUUAACUAAAUAACAACAAGAUCAGAUGCAUCAUUAAAUUCAUAAAUAGCUGAGUUCCUGAGUCAGUUUCUGUAGUCGUUUUCGUGUUUACGCAGCACAAAAAUGUUGAAGCUAAAGUUAUUGUGCAUCUUUUGGGGCAUUGCCCUUAGCAAGAGCCAAAUUUCAGCGCUUGAUGACGCCGAUCUCACAACUGUAGAAAAUGCGGACGACAUUUCCUUCAGCACGCUUCCUUCAACAACUAACGUAGUGCACACCGUGGCGCAGGGUUUGGACAUCACUAGCAAUCCCCAGUGGACCGAUGCCCUCACACGCAUCAACGGCGGUCGACCUGCUGCUCAAAUCGUUCCCUAUCAGGUCUCACUGCAGGUAUUUCGACGUGGUCGUUACCAUCAUUUCUGUAGCGGUUCCAUUAUCAGUACUCACCAUGUCCUCACUGCAGCCCACUGCUUGACCGAGAUGACUGCAAGCGAGAUCACCGUUGUGAGCGGUACAUUGACAUGGCGCAAUGGUGGUGACCGUCAUCGGGUUGUAGCUCUGCGUUCACAUCCGAGCUUCUCAUCGAGUUCGCUCAUCACUAACGACAUAGCCGUAUUGAAGGUAACACCGCCAUUCAAUUUGGGCAAAUCCUCAAUUGGAACCAUUGCGCUGGGCGGCCGCGCUCGCAUCGGCGAGAAUGUCGCAGUGCGUUUGACAGGUUGGGGCUCCCUUACGCCCACCGGAUCGAGUGGCUUGCCAGAGCAGCUACAAGUGCUGGACUAUCGAACUAUUUCGAAUCAGGAGUGUGCGCAACGUGGCUUUCGCAUAACUGCCAAUGAGCUGUGCACGCUGGGCGAACGCGGACGCGGUGCUUGUGUGGGUGACUCUGGAGGCCCACUUAUAGCUGCGCAUGGCACACCACAGCUGGUCGGAAUCGUUUCUUAUGGCACCGCAACAUGCGCUCAGGGUCGACCCGAUGUUUACACAAGAGUGUCAAGCUUUCUGCCAUACAUUAAUAAAGUAAUAACCAGCGAAAUACCGUGAAGUUGUAAAAAAAUGCUAUUGUAAAAAUUAAAGCUUGAAAUUGU